UAGGCUGUCACUCAUAAGAGAAAAGAACUUGAGUGGAGUACUGGGCAACCCCCGGUCUACCUUCAGCCAGCAGCUGAUCCUUUCCGAUUUGGGACUGGAAACAAAAAAUAAUAAUUUUUUUUAAAGUGGGGGAAAGUUGUCAACGAUCGAGCCCUGAGCCGAAUUACCUUGUAGCGAAGUGCUUGGUGGAUAUCGGCAGCGAGCUGUCCUUUCCACCAUUGCCCCUCUAGCUCCAUGAGACGGGAUGAGGCCUCCGGGAAUCAGCAGGGGACGGUAGCACCAGCACCGAAGCCUGCACAGAAGAAGGAAAGGAAGCAGCGCUCGCUCAGCAUAGCUCUUCGCCGCCGCCGCCAGCGCUAAAUUAAAAGGCAAUCAGUACAUUUCUCCCCACCGAGCCCCGCAAAGCAAGUGAAACUCCAAGAUCCCGCCUCUCCAGGGAGGCAAGCCGAUGGAGCUGAACUUGGGGCCCCGCAGCUGAUACCACUCAGUGAGUGUUAAGAAGGCGCGGGGGGGGGGCGGAGGGGAUCGGCAGAGUGUUUUGCUUUGCUGAGAAUGCGGUAUCGAUCUCACGUCGGAUUCGCCUGGUGGGGAUCAAGGAGGGUGAGCCCUCCUGGCGGCACCCUCGGAUCAGGAAAUACGCCUCCCCCCCAGCUGAGCCUUGGAGGAGGAUCUGGCCACCCUUGUCAAGAGGCCACAUAGACCGAAGAAAAGCAGCAGCACUCCGGAGAAACGAUUGUGUCCUCUCCACCCAACACCGUCCCGCAGAGACUGCCAACUUUCUCCUCCUCGCGGAAAGCGAGAGAGCAGCGCCCGAUGAAGCCACAACAAAGAGCCUGACACGCUCCCUCUGUCUGCUGCCUGGGGCUGCCUCCGGACAGUCUCUUCGUCUUCUCCCCGCCAGCUCCGCAUGCCUCCGCUGCUCCGCGCCUCCUCUCCACUUACCUGGAGUUUGCAGCUCCGCUUCUUAAUUUACAAGCCCUGGGCCAGGAGAUCCACCUCGGGCAUCUCCCCGACCAUCGCAGUCAAAGGCGGAUGAGCAGCAUCCCGUGGGAGCUAAACUCUGCCAUCACCAUCCGGCGGAGUAGCUCUCUUCGUCCAUUGUUAAAGGGCUCAGCGAGCGAGUCUGUAUACAAAGACGAGGAGCCAGACACAUGCGGCCGCGCCUCUGCCAAUCUACUCUCGCCUUACAACUCCCCUCAAGCCUUGUUCUCCAAUCAGUACGCAUCAUCCACUUCAUUAGCCUACUGCUGCCAUAUGCGAGGAAGUUUUUGGGCCAAUUGAAUCGCCGUAGCCGCUCAGACUUAAAAAAGCAAAAAAGGAGGGGGAGUAAAAAGCGGCGGCAGCGGAAAGAGGGUCACGUGGCCUGGUUUCGGGCAAGUGGUUUUAGGUGUGCUCCGCUGAAGGAUUUUUUUGUACAUUGAAUGCAACCUCUUUUGAGCCUUGAUUUUAUGCCUUUCACCUCUUGGAAAAAAUAUUAAACAGACUACUGAAGAAUGGAAUUUUAGUCUCUUUAAACAAUUUACUAAGUUGAGGAAACCCUGGAACUCUGACUACUUCAGCACAAGAAAGAACAAAGAGUACAAAAAUAGUAUAUUAGAGUACUUUAGUGAAAAUGCCAUCUGAGCAAGAACCAUCCUUGUGCAUUCAAAAGACAAGUUUGUUGCAAGAUAAUGCUAUGGAUAGAACAUGUGUUCCUGCAUCAGAUAUUGUUGUUGAAGAAUCUACACCUCAGCCUGCAAUUUCAGAUGUUCUCUUCUAUGGACUGAAAAAUGUGAAAAUAGAGUUGCCUAGGGUAAAUAUCCCAAAUGAAGUGAUAUGUACACAUGAAAUUGACAGAUACAUGAAAUUAUUUCAGUGUAAAGAGAAACAUGCAAGAGCCCCUUCUAUGCACAUGGAUGUGAAUGGAAGCAACUUAAACUGUUCUGAGAUUUAUAUUCCACAUAGCAAACCAGGACCGCAUAACGAGGAGGGAUUGAAAACAUCUGCAAAAAUACUGAAUUUUAGCUGUACAAAAUGCAGAAACAAUGUUAGGUACAGCCCAAAUGAUCUACAGAAACAUUUUCAGCUGUUACAUCAUGGAGAGUUGCCAUCUUACCCCUGUGAAAUGUGUAAUUUUUCAGCCAAUGAUUUUCAGUCAUUUAACCAACACCGCCGAACACAUCGUAGCACUUUAGUAAAAUGUGAAAUCUGUAAUGAUGAUAGCAGAUAUACUCUGUUGGACCUAACAAAACAUUUCACAUCUAGGCAUUGUGUAAAUGGCCAUUUUCAAUGUGAAAGAUGUAGGUUUUCUACCCAGGAUGUUGGCACAUUUGUUCAGCAUAUUCAUCGGCACAAUGAAAUACAAUAUAAAUGUGAUAAAUGUCACCAUGCAAGCUUUUCAAAAGAAGAAUCUCAAAAACAUGUUGCUUCGCACACUGGCACAUUUCCCUUCAGUUGUCAAUAUUGUAAUUACAUGGCAUCACGGAAAAACUAUCUUUUAAAGCAUAUUAUUACCUUACACAGAGACCACCUCUAUGCAAAAGAUAAAAUGGACACAGAUAACCAUGAGAAGAAGAUGAAGACUUCAACAGGACUAAAACUUAUCUUGAAAAGAUACAAAACAGGUGCAUCAAGGAAAGCACUAUGGAGACGCAAAAGAAUGACUAGUAGCAGCUGUAGAAUUGGAGAAGAGGACAGACAAAUGAGAAACAUGAAGGAGAUUCAGCCUAAAUCUGAAGAGCAAGGCCGGUCUACAAAAGAAUUACACUUAAAUGAGGACCACAGUCUUCUAAAUGAAAAGCAUGUCUACAGUGGGGCAAAAUCCUCUCCAGCAAUACAGUACAGUAGAGCAGAAGAUGGACUGGGUUCUGGAUUGUUGAAAAAAGCUGUUCAUGGUCCUACAGUGUUGAUGGUUAAAAACAAUAAAAUAUCUGUUCCUGCAAAUUACAGUGCUAAAUUUAUGGGUUUCAAAAUCGUAGAUGGAAAACAGCAUAUAGUAAUAAAGCUGCUGCCUACAGAUAGACAGAAUUUGCCAGCAGAAAAUAAAGUUGAUGGGGUGAAAGAUGGUUCAACUGAAUGUUUGCAACGGAUGACUGACAGCUUCGAUUUAUCUUCAGGUGCUGGACCUCAUGAAAUUACUCAACAAAUGUUUAGGAAUAAUUCUGUUCAUUCAUUGACAUCUUCAUUGUCAUCUUCUAAUCAAUAUUCAGGAAAAAUAAAACAAGAAAGUACAAAUUAUUUUAGUUUAAAUACAACUCGAACGGAUGCACCUCCUCUUGUAGUGGUAGGAAACUGUGCAACUCGUCUGUCACUGAAACCAGAUUCUUCACUUCCUUGUGAUUUUGUGACAAAGGCUGGAAGUAAAGAUACUGUUUCAUGGAGGAAUUGUGUACCUCAGGACCAUCCUCGGGUUUUAUCCUCUGCUGCCACACACAUGCUUCACUAUGACCCCAUGAAAAAACCCUUUCCUCCAGAAUUAAAAGUACGGAAUGGUGAAAUAAACAAUAACAGUAAAUACAAUAAUCUCUACUGUCCAUCAACUGAUUUUCCUAAUCAAGUACCAUUGCCUUUCCAUAAUUACUCCAAAACAGAUAUUUUGGAUAACUCUAAGGAUCGUAUGUCCAGCAGCACUUUCCCUCUUCAGAGUAGAUGUGUAAGUGAAACUGCUUAUCCUCAACAACCAGCAACAGCAUUAAAUCUAGAAAGAUCUUCAUUGCUGUCUCUUCAUGGCUUUGUAAAUACUAGUAAUACUCCAGUAUUCUCAACUAACCAACCCAAUUAUGCAGUUGACAGGCAGCAUUGUAUAGAAAACAAUCAUGAUGGCCAGCAGUGUUUGAAUACUAAGGUAAAUCAAGGGUUGGAACAUAUCUCUGAAAAAUUUAAACAAGAAAAUGCCUCUGAGUGUGUGAAUGCAUCAUUUAUGCCUAAAAUAACAUCAGUUUUCUCACUCCAAAGUACUCAGGCAUCCAGCUAUUUGUCACCCGAAGUAAACAAGUCAUUACAGGAUGUGCUAAAAGGGCAACCUGCUUCUCAGCCACACAACUACAUAAAAAGUGGUUAUAACAACUCAUUUCCAAAUCAUAAAAUGGAUUGUAAAACACUUACACACUUCAAAAAUUCAGCAGCUGCAUCUAGUUUAACCCAUUCUCCUGUUACAUUCAAGAGAGAGAGGAAUAUGAAUGGCAGUGCAACAAAUGAAGGUGUGUAUUUUAGAAAUGAAGGAAGAGUCCCAAUGACGUAUUGUAGAACAGAAGAAAUAAAUUCUACUUCAAGGACAACGGGCAUUGGUACAUUGCUUAAAACUCAGAAAGAUUCAAUUAUAACACAUCAGUUGGAAAAAGACAAGAUGUACUAUAGAUUUAAUGGCCCUAAUGUGAUCCGUCCAGCACUUCCAGAACAGAAGAAAUCGGUGCUACUUCAGUCAUCUCUCCCAAGGUUUUUUGUACCUUUGCGCCUUGCCCAUCAACAAGGAUUACAAGUUAUUUCAGGAAAGCCUUCUCCAAAAACCAGUUCAUCAGAUGUUCAGGCAACAAGAGCUACACCUUUACUUUUAAACAAAGGCCCUGGAAUGAUCUUGACUUUUGGUAGUGGCUCAAUUGGAACAAUUUCAAAUGCCACUGAAAAUAGUUCUCAGGUUUUAGAGAAAAUUGCAUUUAAAGAGUGUGGUAAAGAGGCAAUAGCUACAUCAGGUAUGGAAUUGAAAAUAGACAGUUCUGGGAGUAUAAGAAAUUCUGGUAUUAGUGUGUGCAAUGGGACAGCAGGUGCUUCAUCCACUGGCAUGCCACACAAGGAGCAACUAAACAUUACAAAUUCAGAGAACAGAAUUUCUUCUGUGAAAAUACUGGCUGGAUAUCAAGGCAGUAAUGUUGCCACCUUGGAGUCAAUAAAACAACCAGAGAUUGGACUAGAACAGCCUGUUUUUGCACUUUUGCCUGAUGGCAGACAAGCAGUUUUUCUUAAAUGUAUGUCGCCAAACAAGUCUCUAGUACAGAACCGUAAUAUUUUUCAAGGUACUGCUUAUAGUCAAAAUUCUGAACCAAAGAAACCUGGAGCAAUACAACAAAAGCUUUUUUUGAAAAUUAAGACCUUUCCUGCUGCUGACAAUUGUCAACCAGUUAGCAAUGUUGUGUCAUCUUUACAGUUCAAUAAUAUGCAUUCCCUUAAUAGUUCUGCACUAGAUCAGAAAAAGACAGCUCUUUCUCCUAGCGAUGCCUUACUGUUUCCAAGUAGAUUGACACCAGCAAAUGCCUGUUUGGCAAGCGAUAAAUCAAGGGAUCCUUUCACUUCUGUAGAAUCUGUACAUUCUUCUAGGCAUGUGAAGACACGGUCACAAAAGACUCCAUCUGAUUCAGCACAAACAGUAAGUGCUAAUAAAGGGAGCAAUUUUGGAACCCAAAUAUCAACAGGGACUACGACAAACAAAAUGUCAAAAGCUAAACGUCAUUCAAAGCAAACUGGUGCUAAAGUUUCUGAUGCCACAGUUUCACAGAAGAACAGGAAUUUGAAACGGAAAGCUAAAGAUGACCUCCAGGAACCUCCUAGAAAGAAAAUUUUACAUCGAAAGUGUAAAGAGAAAAAUCAAAUGAAUGUGAAUGAAUUUGAAUCCUUAAUGCAGGCCCCUUAUAGACUAAGAGUAUCAAAAGACACUGUGAGAAUUCUAAAGCUACUUCCUUUUAAUUCAAAACAACUUAUCAAAUGCCCCCGAAGAAAUCAGCCGGUUGUAGUACUAAACCAUCCUGAUGCAGAUGUCCCUGAAGUUGUAAAUGUUAUGAAGACUAUUGCUAAAUUUAAAGGACAUGUGCUAAAGGUCUCCUUGUCAAAGAGAACUAUUGAUGCUCUUUUGGAGCCACCAUAUUAUAGUAACAGUUUGUACAUAGUUACUAAUGAUCUCUCUCGAAGAAAGCGCAAAAUGCUGAAGCCUGUAAGUCCUGUAAAAGAAAGGUUUGUUUUAAAAUUAACACUGAAGAAAACUAGCAAAAAUAAUUAUCAGAUUGUGAAAACUACCUCUGAUAAUACGCUGAAAACUAAAUUUAACUGCUGGUUUUGUGGGAGGAUAUUUGACAAUCAGGAUAACUGGGUAGGACAUGGACAGCGUCAUCUAAUGGAAGCCACUCGAGACUGGAAUUCAUUAGGGUAAUUUAUUGUGAUGAGUGAAAAAAAUUCCAAGUUUAUCUGCUUGCAGAUUAUUUUGGAUGACAGCAUCAAAAUCAUGUUUUUUAAAGGAGGAACAAAUUUCGUGUUAGCACCCAAAAUUAUCCUGUAUGGAUUUAAUUUAAAUAGCUUCAAUUGCAGUUCAAAUUGCAUUUUGUUACUACUAUCAUGUGAUAUAUUUGUAUUUAGAGAAUGAAUUUCAGGGCUUUUUGUUCUGUAUAUAUUUAAAAAUCAAAGUAUGUACAUAUUUUUAUACUUCAGUUAUUUGCUAUAAAAUCUUGCACAGGAAUUGUAUUUUUCCAGUUCUGUGCACGCACUACUAAAAGGUUUUUCAGCUACACACAGCUAUUGCCGUAUUUUCCCUUUAAAAAAACACAAAACUUUUCUUUUCCAGGGAUGAACACUGUUGUUAGCAAGUGCCUAAAAUAUGUGAAGCAGUUUACUUUGUGUCAACUGUAUAACCACAGGUCCUUUAUAGGGCCAGGUUUCCUAACAGUUUUUUUUAAACAAAGCCAUAUGUGAAUGCUUUAAGCUAUAUUGCUAUGCACAUGACACUUGUACUAUUUCUGUGCAGUUUGUCUACUUUCUUAGUGAAGUAUUUUUCAUAUAAAUCAAUAAACAUGUUAUUGUGUUUAA